CCCCGCGCCGCGCCAGAGGCUCGCGCACUCAGCAGGUUGGGCUGCGGCGGCGGCAGCGGUGGGAGCUGAGGCGCAGCGUGUGAGAGGACCCCGACGCGUCAGUGGCUCCGACUCCGCCACUUUCCUCCUCUCAGCCGGGUGUCAGAGCCGGUGCUGAGAAGGGAACGGCUCUAGCCUUGGGAAUCCCGAGCAGACCCUUAGUUGUUUCCGACGCCCUCCUCCUUUCUCAGCCACGGGCCUCGCUUGGUGCUAGGCGACUCUGCGGGGAGGAGGCGGCGACGGCUGCCUGGCUUUGGAGAGUCCUGCUCUCCUGCUUUGCGCCGCCGCCGGGCCCUGCAGGGGCCGAGAGAGCGCGGCGCCCGCCCUUCCUCUCGCUUUUCUCGUCCGCCGGUUGGAGCAGCGUCGGUCCGGGAGGUCUCUGGGCUGAGGCGGCGGCGGCUCCUCCGGCUCCAUCAUGUCCGCGGGCGGAGACUUCGGGAAUCCGCUGAGGAAAUUCAAGCUGGUGUUCCUGGGGGAGCAGAGCGUUGGAAAGACAUCUUUGAUCACCAGAUUCAUGUAUGACAGUUUUGACAACACCUAUCAGGCAACAAUUGGUAUUGACUUUUUAUCAAAAACUAUGUACUUGGAGGAUCGAACAAUCAGGUUGCAGCUGUGGGAUACUGCGGGUCAGGAACGUUUCCGUAGCCUCAUUCCCAGUUACAUCCGUGAUUCUGCUGCAGCUGUAGUAGUUUACGAUAUCACAAAUGUUAACUCAUUCCAGCAAACUACAAAAUGGAUUGAUGAUGUCAGAACAGAAAGAGGAAGUGAUGUUAUCAUCAUGUUAGUAGGAAAUAAAACAGAUCUUGCCGACAAGAGGCAAGUGUCAAUUGAGGAGGGAGAAAGGAAAGCCAAAGAGCUAAAUGUUAUGUUUAUUGAAACUAGUGCAAAAGCAGGAUACAAUGUAAAGCAGCUCUUUCGACGUGUUGCAGCAGCUUUGCCUGGAAUGGAAAGCACACAGGACAGAAGCAGAGAAGACAUGAUUGACAUAAAACUGGAAAAGCCUCAGGAGCCACCAGUCAGUGAAGGAGGCUGUUCCUGCUAAUCCCCCGUAGCAUCUUCGACCUUUCUCCAGAAGCUCACUGCUUUGGCUCCCUUACUCUUUCAUUGACUGCAGUGUGAAUAUUGGCUUGAACCCUUUCCCUUCAGUAAUAACGUAUUGCAAUUCAUCAUUGCUGCCUGUCUCGUGGAGAUGAUCUAUUAGCUUCACAAGCACAAAAAAGUCAGUGUCUUCAUUAUUUAUAUUUUACAAAAAGCCAAAAUACUCCAGCAUAUUCCAGUGGUAACUUUAAAAAUUAGAUACAUUUUCUUAACAUUUUUUUCCUUUUUAAUGUUAUGGUAAUGUGCUUCAAAAUAAUGGAAAUUUCUUCAGUGCUUAACUUGGUUAAAAGCAGUUGUUCAGAGCAGCACCUGCCUACCUGCUGAUUCUCUCUCCCUUCUUUUCUCACCUCUUCCUUACCUAUUCCCUAUCUUUUCCUCAAAACAAACAAGAGGUAGCAAAGCCGUCAGACCAAGCCCAUUGGGGUUAUCCUUCAAUUAUAAUGAUAGCACUCUAGGCCUUUGAGCCAAGAUGUCCUAAAUUAUUCUUGAGCACUAAUAUACAUUACUGAGGCCUUGUUUGAAGUCAGACUUCAGUGAUCAUGGUAGGCAGUGCUUGAAUAAGGGUUCUGGUGCAUCUUCAAAGUGAGUCCUAGUGAACAUUCUGAGUACUUAAAACUAAAUGAACCUAAAAUGUAUUCUGACCAAAACAAAUCACUUUCAUAUGUGCUUCAUUAGCAUCUGGGAGAAAAAUAAGUGUUACAGACAGGUUUUUAAUAUUCUUCAUUUCUUUCUCCCAGAUUUUAAAAUUGUAAAGGUAGUUUGUUUUUUUUUUUCCCAACUUUUAAGCAAUAGAUUUCUCUUGGGUUUUCUUUCUUUUUUAAUGCUCUCCAAGGAAGGAUACUGUAGAAAUCAAAUUCCUUAAAGAACCAGUGAAAGAAUUUAAAUUUUGCACCUUAAUCAAAACUACUGAAAUCAGUAAAAACAGUAUCGAUAGCUUACCAACAAAAGAACCCUCAGCAGAAUAACAGAUACUUUGCUCAGGACAUUUGAAAUCAUAUUGAAAAUAGAAACAGUUUUCUUAAAAGUCCCUAGAGGCAGAUAUAGAAAAGCAUAUCUAGAAGAGGAAAGAAUAAAAAUAAAACUCAUUAUUACGCAGAUUUAUGCCUUAUUUUUAAGCAUUUUUUAAAUGUUGGUUCUUUCAGGCUGGUUUUGCUUUUUAUUAGAUCUGUAUAGUUUGGUUAAUUAACUAGUGAUUUAGUUUUAUAUUUAAGCUACAAUUAAUCUUUUGUCUUUGGUGAUAUUUAUUUCUUUGCCUUUUUUAAAGAAUUACUUUAAUUUUUAGAUGUUCAGUCUACUUAGAGCUUCAUCACCAUGGCAAUAUAUAUUUCCCUUAAAACACUGCAAACAAAUAUACUAGGAGUGCACCCUCUUAAUCUUUACUAGUUAUUGUGAGAUUGCUGUGUAAGUUAAUAAACACAUUUGUAAAUACAUUGUUUACAGGAAGAGCAUUUCUGAGUUACAGCUCAGGAAAAACCUGCCGAGUUUAUGUUGUAAGCAUUACUUAACACAGUAUAAAGAUGAAAUGACGACAAAAAUAUCUUCACACUUCCUCUUCCUCACUACAACAAAAUCCUUAACCAGGAGAACUUUAUUCCCCUUUCUUUCCUCUUCCUUCUCCACUACUCACUCACUGUCACCUUGUAAUAUUCAGAGAGCACUUGGAUUAUGGGUCUGAACAGACAAAUGCUUUCAGAUAAUCAUUAGCCCACAUACCAGUAACUUAUUCUCAAAGAUGGGGUGGAGUUGUAAAGUGCUUUUAUAAUACAAUACUAUUGUUAAAGGCAAGGGUUGACUCUUUUGUUUUAUUUUGACAUGGCAUGACCUGAAAUAAAUAUCAAUUCAAUAUGG